CUUUGUUGGACCCGCUAAUGGGUCCUUUUUGGAAACCCUUUAGGGCUUCAAACUCGAGAAGCCCAAUCCACCCAUAACUAUCGUCAAAGCACAAAACGGGCCAGCAAAUCCUUUGGUUGUUGAGGUGUUGACUGUUGACCAAUGACCACCAAGCGGCAGGCGGCAGCCACGAAAUGAAUCGGGGUAAUCUUAUUUGACCGCUGCAGGUGGAUUCGUCCAGCCAUCGUAUUCCUGGAGGUUGGAAUUUCGAGGUCCUUCGCCGGGGAAACACCACAGCAAGCAAGGAAGCUAUCGAACUGCGGCCAAUCCGCUGGUGGGGGAGAAUUGUUUGUCAGGGGGGAAGUGCCAAUGUCUGCGUUAGCUUGUACACCAGUAGUUCUUCGCACUCCGAUAUCUGUAAAAUCCUCCUUCGCCUGCCAACCACGGCCCAAAUACAGGACCAGCGUCUCCCUCGCCGCAGCUCCGGCUACCCAAAUCGGCUUCUCCGACCCUUUUGUGCUCCAAUUAGCCGAGACGCUUGAAGACUCCCUCUCUCCUUCCCCACUCACUUCUCUCCAGAAUCUCCGGGACGCCUCGUCUGAAUCUCUACUCUCUACUCCUUGGCCUUCACGCAGAGAUGAGGCAUUUCGCUUCACGGAUACUUCACUCAUUAGGCAGGCCCAAAUCCUUCCAGUUACUCAACCUCCUCACGUUGGGAAGUUGGCAAUCGGGUCUGAAGAUACCAACUUCUCCCAUCUCUUUAUCGCUGAUGGGUUUCUGAUGAAUUCCAUCCCCAAUGCAUCCAGUUUGCCUGAUGGAGUUUUCGUCGGCAGCUUAUUGAGUGACUCUUCACUUGGGAUUCGAGACAAGCUUUCUUCUUUCAUUAGUGAUUUUCAAUGGGGUGAUAUGUUUUGGUCUCUCAAUGGGCUGGGGGCACCGGAUGUUGCUGUUAUUUAUGUUCCUGCAGGGGUUAGAGUAGAGACUCCAAUCCAUUUAAAGUAUUUAUCCGUGGAAGCGAGAGAGAGUGGGUCUAAAGUUUUGCCCCUCUCCAAUCCUAGGGUGGUUGUGGUGGUGGAAGAUGGAGGAGAGAUUGGGAUCAUAGAAGAGUUUGUGAGCAGUGAGGGGAAUGAAAACAAGUGUUAUUGGACUAAUUCAGUUUUGGAGGUGGUCAUUGGCAAAGGUGCACAGGUUAAACACUCUUAUGUGCAGAAUCAGUCGUUCAACUCUGCACACAUCAAGUGGACUUCAGUGAAGCAGGAAUCAACUAGCAGGUACGAGCUUGUGGAGGCCAGCAGUGGCGCCAAAUUAAGCAGACACAAUCUCCACAUUCAGCAGUUAGGCCCCGACACAGAGACAGAAGUUUCGACCUUUCAUUUGUCUGCAGGGGAUCAAACUCAGGAUCUCCACAGUAGGCUGAUCUUUGACCAUCCGAGAGCUUAUUCUCGGCAGCUUCACAAGUGCAUCAUUGCUCACUCGUCGGGACAAGCUGUGUUUGAUGGGAAUGUGAGGGUUAACAGGUAUGCACAACAGACGGAUGCAGGGCAAUUGACAAGGAGCCUGCUGUUAGAGCCGCGGGCAACAGUGAACGUAAAACCCAACCUCCAAAUCAUCGCUGACGACGUGAAGUGCUCCCAUGGAGCUGCGAUCAGCGACCUGGAAGAAGCGCAACUGUUCUACAUGAGGGCACGAGGGGUGGACUUGAAUACGGCGAGGAAGGCCCUUGUGUUCUCGUUUGGGAAGGAAGUGGUUGAUCGCCUGCCUCAUUCGUACUUACGCAAGGGAGUCGAGAAGCAAGUGAAGGAAGUGCUGGGGAGGCUAGCCGCGGGUCCCACCACCGGCCACCGGGGUAGAAGGAAGAGGUCAAGCCGACGAGCUGCUGCAACGCGGCUGAAUAAGAAGGACGACGGCGGCGGCGGCGAGGUGGGAGGUCAAUUCGCUUGGCCUCCCAAAUUACGAAGCUUCCUCUGA